AUGGAGCGCGCGGCCGCUGCGGGAAGGACGGUGGCCGCGAGGGCCACGAACUUGCCCUGGGUAGAAAAAUACCGACCCCAGACACUGAGUGAUCUGAUUUCUCAUCAGGAUAUUCUGAGUACCAUUCAGAAGUUCAUCAGUGAAGACCGACUGCCUCAUCUUCUCCUUUAUGGGCCUCCAGGGACAGGGAAGACCUCUACUAUUUUGGCCUGCGCAAAACAACUUUACAAAGGCAAAGAAUUUGGGUCAAUGGUUCUGGAAUUGAAUGCUUCAGACGACCGGGGUAUUGAUAUUGUCAGAGGGCCUAUCCUGAAUUUUGCCAGCACAAGAACUAUCUUUAAGAAAGGCUUUAAGCUGGUGAUUUUGGAUGAAGCCGAUGCCAUGACGCAGGAUGCCCAGAAUGCCCUCCGGCGUGUGAUUGAGAAAUUCACAGAGAACACACGAUUUUGCCUGAUCUGCAACUACCUCUCCAAGGUCAUCCCGGCUUUGCAGUCCAGGUGCACAAGAUUCCGUUUCGGGCCCCUGACACCGGAGCUCAUGGUUCCCCGCCUGCAGCAUGUUACAGAGGAGGAGAAAGUUGACAUAAGCGAUGAUGGAAUGAAGGCCCUGGUGACGCUGUCUAACGGGGAUAUGCGGAGGGCUCUGAACAUCUUACAGAGCACCAACAUGGCCUUCGGGAAGGUAACGGAGGAGACCGUCUACACCUGCACAGGGCAGCCACUCAAGUCUGACAUUGCCAACAUCCUGGACUGGAUGCUGAACCAAGAUUUCACCACUGCUUAUCGCAAUAUCAUGGAACUGAAAACGCUGAAAGGCCUGGCGCUUCAUGACAUCCUGACGGAGAUUCACUUGUUCGUCCAUCGAGUUGACUUUCCAUCUUCUGUACGAAUCCAACUCCUGAUCAAGAUGGCAGAUGUUGAGCAUCGCCUGGCUGCAGGAACAAGUGAGAAGAUUCAGCUGGGAGCCCUGGUUGCCGCCUUCCAAGUCACCAGAGAUCUGAUCGUAGCCGAGGCCUAGGCCCAAGGCAGUCU